AUGGAGCAGUUAGAGCGCCACAAUUUUCUUGUGGGAAUAGCCAGAGUUGGUAUCUCGUUGGAGCACAAUUCAGAAUGUGGUCUACAAUUGCAAGCAUUCAUGUCCGCUAUAGCGGAACGUCGUUUUUGGAGCACAAAAGUAAUCGACUCAUUUGGCUCUGCGGGAAGCUCCUUUGGAUGGGGUAACUAUUUUUGGUUUAGCCCACCUGCCAUGUGCAAUGAGCUUAACGACCCCUAUAGCAUCACCUUCUCGCCACUGCACCGAACCAAGUUUUAUUUCAACACUACGAGUCCCAUGUCUGUACGCUUCUCCGUUCUCUAUAUGAAUUUCACGACGCCAUACUACAUCGACUUGAAGUUGCCAUUCGAGGUGAGCAUGCUCGGUAUUGUGUGGCCAGGCAUUCCUUCUGAGUUUCCAACUAUUUGGCAGCGCUACAUAAGCCUAGGCCUGUGUCUUCCGGCGUCGUGUAAUCUUACAGCACUGUCCCACUAUGCCGAUUUGUUUUUCGCGCGAAACGUCUUCGAGCUGCAAAGAAAUUUUGCACUUGAGAUGGUAACGGUCGAGGCGAAGCAGCCUCGUGUCAGUUUACAGAUUUUGCGGGAAACAAGCAGCCAGAUAUUCAUCUUACUGGCGCUGAUUAUCAUUUCGCUCACUGUUUUGGCUGAGCUGCGGUCUGCUAAGUCCCCAAUUGGUCCUGCAGAAAAACAGAUGUCCUUGCUAAAGUGCUUUCGCUUGAGGACCAACUUCAGUCGUGUCUUUAGUUCGCGGCCAAAUAGAAGCGAGGGAGACUGCAGCUUUGUCGGGGCUGUUGCCGGCUUGCGUUGCAUGGUUUGUCUCUGGAUCACAGUUUUCCAUGUGUACUUUUACUCCAUCUAUGCAUUGACCAACACACCGCUAAUGUUUGCCAAGCUGGAGAACUUUGCGCUGCAGCCGCUCCUCCAGGCAUGCUUUCACGUGGAUCUAUUCUUUGUGAUUAGCGGCUUUUUGAUGGUCUAUCAGUUCCUGAGCAAUGCGGCUGACAUGGAGCUGAUUCGAAGAAAUGGCAUCUGGGAGAAUUCAAAGCGAUUUGGGAAGGCAGUGGCUCGUCGUUACUUGCGCUUGACGCCUAUGCUGGUGCUUACCAUAAUUCUUUCAGAUAUUCUGCACAACGCGCUCAAUGCCUUCACACCCUUCCGUCUGGGGCGAUAUAGCAGCAUCUACUGCAAGAAUUGGUGGCACAACUUGUUGUACAUACAGAACUUGUUCAGGCUCGAUGAAAUGUGCAGCUCCUGGACCUGGUAUCUAGCCUGUGAGAUGCAGUACUUCCUUCUAUGCCUACUUCUGCUAUAUAUCUAUGCAAAGCAUCCGUAUGUAGUGCAGCUGCUCUAUGUGGCAUUAAUGCUGGGAUUUGUGGCACUUUCGUGGCUCAGUCACAGCCGCCAUGAGCUGAGCUUUCACCCGGAUAGCACCUACAGUACGUUAAAUGAAUUGUACGCAAAGCCCUGGACGCGGAUAAUCCCUUACUUGGCUGGUGGCUUUGGGGGCUGGCUGCUUCACACGCAUGGAAAGCGUCUACAAGCCAAGGGAACCUCGUUGUGGCGCCGAACUUUUUGGUUUUUCGCCUGCUGCGUGGGCUUGGCCACAAGCUUCAUGACCUAUUGGCGUCAAACACCCGCACCUGUGGUCGCCGCCAUCAUGUCUCUGGGCAAAUUCGUCUUCUCCAUUACCGCCGGCCUGGUCAUUGUGCUCUGUAGCUGCGGUCACGGCGGACUCCUCCGCACCCUCCUCAAUGCCAGGCUGUGGCGAUUGUUCGAAAAGUUUUCCUUUGGCAUAUACCUGCUCGCCCCCAUUGUCAUAUUUGCCAGCUAUGGCGGUGUCCCCACCCAGUUCAGUGAGUUAGCUUCAGGCAUCGACCUUAUUGGCAUAGUUCUACUCACUAUCGGAGUUGCAGCUCUUAGUCUGCUGUUAUUCGAACUACCCCUUCAGCGCUUGGCCAAGCAGCUUCUACCCAAGGACACGCCAGAGAUCCACAACUCUACAUUAAGGCCUGAAGAUAAGGCAGAGGGAUAA